AUGAUGGUGCGCACUCACCCGGAAAAGUUUGGUGUGACGAAAGUUAUCACGAGGACCCACUCGAGUGAUAAGAUGAGUGCGCUGAACAACAAAAAAGAUCUGAAGCGCCAUUCCGUCGGUGGAUACGCUUUCAACAUGGACUCCCCUGAAGAUCGAGCCGCCACGAAAAUUCAGGCUGAAAUUCGCGGUUUCCUCGCUAGAAAGCAUGUAGAAAAGAUGAAGAAAGAGGAUACAGAAGCGGCUACCAAAAUCCAAGCUCAUAUCAGGGGAUUCUUGACGCGAAAACAUUUGGACGAACAAGGCCUUCUAUCUCCUACACGUUCAAGGAGCCCCCUUCAUACGCCUGAUUCCGAUGAGAAUCAUAAUUGA